AUGGGCCCGAAAAACACCCCAAAACAGCCGAGAGCCGCCAAAAAGGCCGCGAAGAAGGCCAAAACGGCCUCGGAGUUUUACGACGAUGGUGAAGAUUUUGUAGAGCCAGUGACUCUACCGACCUCAUUCCGAUUUUUCGAUCUCCCCUCCGAAAUUCGCUUGAACGUCUACCACUUUGUCUUGUUUACGCCAACCAAGAAAUCCUCUGCGAAGAGAAAUGCUGGUGCUGUCGGCGCCUCCGCGAAAAAGGCGAAGCUUGUGGCACCGGCCACACAACGUAUAGCUCUCUUUCUGUCCUCGAAGCGAAUCCAUGAAGAAGCCAGUCACUUCUUUUACUCGUCCCAGAUUUUCCGAGUCUUCAAAAUUCAGGACUUCUCGCGCCGACCGACCCUCCGAGGAAUACCCCGCUGCUACCGCCCUUUGAUCACCACCAUCGAGUUGAUUUUGGGGAAUAGUUGGACAGCACCGCCAAAGUCAUGGUCCGUUGAUGAUGCAAUGGGACUGCAUGAUAUGACUCUCUUGCACACAUUAAGGGUGUUUAUCGAGUGCGAUCCCUCACAACCUGUCUUUGAGGGAUUUCGAGUUUCCAAGGAAUACUAUACCGAGUUCUCUGGAAGGCUGCUUAAAGAGAUUCUGGAGCGACUGCCAGCUUUGAAAUUCGUGGAAUUUGACGCGUACUCGUCUGUUCAGCGGAGCGGAUCUCUGAUGACCCGCUUAAUGAAAGAGUCGAGAGCAGCCAACAAGAAACUAUUGUGGGGCCCUGAGAGAGGAUGGACGGACGACGAUGAUAUAGGCUAUGUGUAUCACGAGGACCCGAUUCCGGUUGCAAGUCUCGAUACCCUGCCUUCAUACUACAGACCUGCACCUGUUGAUGAUUUGGCCCGCAGGAUUGAAGAUCUUGCCCUCGAGGUGAGAUCAUAA